GCCAUUGUUUUUCUUUCAUAUUUUAGGGUCCAGAUUACAAAUUUCAAAAUACCUUUUCGUCCGUUGAUAAUUAGUCUCCCUUUUUUUCAUGAAGACAAAUGCUUGUUUUUGCCACUCUCACGUGGCAUCGUGAAAUAUUUAUUCUGUAUUUGGCUUUUUGGCCAUUCUAUUUAUGCUGCUAUUUUAACGAAUUUUGAACCAAGAAAACUUUGUACCAAGAAACCUAUCGGACCGUUAUAUAUUUGUUUUUCCUUGCAGAGAAAAGAGCAAAAAAGCUGCAAAUCAUUGAAACUAUGAAAAAGAAGCAUCCAAGCCUAAUGGUCGUUCCAAAAGAUGAUCUUCUGUGUAUUAUUAUUGACAUAUACAAACAAGCUUGUGAUCGGCUACCCUUACCAAAAGAAGUUGUAAUUUGCAACAGCACUACAUCCCAUGAAAAGAUCGAGCUUUUGCUUCGAAGAGCACUUUUGGACCCAGACAGUAUCUAUACUGUGGCUUUUAUCGACGAGUUAGAUUACAAUGUCAGCGAACAGGCAUUCAAAACAUUAACUCUACUUUUGCAAGAACGCGUUGAAAAAGUCAUGGGAGAUGCUAACUACAACCUAUUGCUAAUGUGUGCAAGCGAGAAGGAAGAUGGAUCGUAUCUUGCAUCUGCAUGGGACGAGUACCAUAUUGUUGCCCAUCGCUGUCCGAGUCAAGAAGAAACAAGAAAAUUUUUGUUUAGUCAGUUUAAGUACGUGUCAGCGACUUCCGGGACAGAUUCUCCGUACGCUGCUGCUGCAGAUGAAGAUAGGUAAACGACUUUAUUGAAUCCAUGACUUUGCUCCUUUGUGACACAGAAUUGCCAUGUGAGUUCUUAAUAGUAAUAAAGUUCCUUGAGUGAGACCGUCAAAAUAUGCGCCGACGCUUUGUACCGGAGCGAGCUUAAUAGCCCACCAUUCCCAGAGGAAGUAUUCAUUGAACUGAUGGAAACUGCAACACGUUCAGUUGAAUUCGGUUUUAACAAUGAAAUGUACCAACAAAAGGAUGGUGUCGCUAUGGGUAGCCCUCUGGGACCUGCCUUGGCCAAUAUCUUUGUUGGCUUUCAUGAAGAGCGUUUGUUCGACUACGACCAAAAGCCAGGUGUCUAUUUUCGGUAUGUGGAUGACACAUAUGCCAUUUUCAAAACAGAGGCUGAGUGUGAUAUUUUUCUAAAACACCUAAAUAGCCUACACCCAGCCCUCCAGUUUACGUUUGAAAAGGAAGAAAAUGAUUCCUUACCAUUUUUAGAUGUUUUGGUUGAAAAGUCUAACACUGGAUUUCUUACCAGUGUAUAUCGCAAGCCUACUUUUACCGGUCAGUACAUACGCUGGAAUUCAUUUUGCCCAAAACAACGCAAAGUCAACCUUGUCAAAACAUUAGUACAUAGGGCACUUAUGAUCUGCUCGAAAUCUAAACUGCACGCUGAACUGGAAAAACUCAAAACGAUCUUCUUGGACAACGGCUAUCCUGAAGACGUCAUUUUAUCUUAUACUAAGGAGAAGAUCGCAAGUUUUUCGGCUGUUCAAAAGUUUGGUCCGCAAAAGUGCCCAGUUUAUUUGAAACUACCAUGGAUUGGUAACACUUCCUUGCGAUUCGAGAGUCAGAUUAGGCAAGCCAUAACCAAUUGUUUCUUUGCUGUCAAUCCUCGGAUUGUUUACAGCAUUAGGAGAGCCCUUCCAUCCAUUCAAAAGGAUUGCGUUCCUACCAAACAAAAAAGUUCCGUCAUUUAUGAAUUUACGUGCCAGUGUGAUUCUGGCUACGUAGGACGCACAACCCAAAGAUUGGGGGAUAGGAUAAAACAGCAUGUUCCUUCCAACAUACGAAACAAAACUGCCCCUCAAAGAGAACAGCCUCCUCGAUCUUGUAGGUCUAGAAACACUGUUAAAACAAGUGAUUCUGCCAUUGGUCAACACCUUUUAGACAACCCAGAUUGUGCAAAACUCUAUAAUGACGACAUGUUUCGGAUAAUUGGCAGAGCCCGGUCGUCCUUCCAUCUAGCAGUUUUGGAUUCAAUCUACAUAAAAACGAAAAAGCCGCCAUUGUGUAGACAAAAGGAGUUCGUUUUCUCUCUUGGACUCCAUUGGUAAUUUUUCUUUAGGCUCGCGGCACUGAUUGGUCAACUAUACCGGUCUUGUGCUUGCGUUUUUCUGAUUGGCCUAUUUUGAUCCACAACUGGGUAUAUAUUUUUCCAUCGUGUUUUUCGGAACCUAUUCUGACGUUUUAUGCUCUGAGGAGUGUCAGACGAAAAAGCUUUAAGUAUGUUGUAAAAUGUUUGCUUUUU